CAACGUUGUCAUGCGUGCAGGAAAGGUUACAUUGAAAUGAGUGAUUCUUCUUCAUAACUUCGUUGGAUUCGAGACACCUCUGUCUUUGCUCCCUUUUCUCCUUCUUCUUCCUUCGCUUAUUUCCACCUCCUCUCUCCCUCUGACUUCAUGGGAUACUGUAGGAUAGAUAACAGUAACACUGUCGCAGCUGCAAUUGUUGAGUCGUGAGGAUGUUGGAGAAGGAAGAACAGUUUGACAUGGAGAAAGUGAUAGAGAACUUUGAGGCUCUGACAAAGGAUGCUGAGAGCGUUCAGAAGGAGACUCUGAGAAAGAUUUUGGAAGAUAACGCAUCUGCAGAAUACUUGCAGAAUCUGGGUCUCAGUGGAAGAACUGAUCCAGACAGCUUCAAAGCUUGUGUCCCUCUAGUUAUACACAAAGACUUGGAGCCCUAUAUACAGAGGACCAUUGAUGGCGAUGCUUCAUCUAUUCUCACUGGAAAACCCAUCACAGCCAUGUCGCUAAGUUCUGGCACCACUCAGGGGAAGCCAAAGUUUGUACCUUGGAAUGAUGAAUUGUUUGAUACUACAUUGCAAAUUUAUCAGACUUCCUUUGCCUUUAGGAACAGACAAUUUCCUAUAGAAAAUGGGAAGGUCUUGAACUUCAUCUACAGCAGUAAGCAGUGCACAACCAAAGGGGGCUUGAUAGCUGGAACUGCUACUACAAACUUGUUUCGUGAUCCACGGUACAAGAGCUCCAUGAAGGCGAUUCAGUCCCAAUAUAGCAGCCCGGAUGAAGUGAUAUUUGGUUCUGAUUUUCAUCAAUCUUUGUACUGUCAUCUACUGUGUGGGCUAAUCUUCAGAGAAGAAAUUCAGUGGGUAGGUUCUACAUUUGCACAUAGCAUUGUCCACGCUUUCAGAUUCUUUGAGCAAGCUUGGGAGGAGCUCUGUGCUGAUAUCCGAGAAGGGGUCCUCACAAGCAGAAUCGUUGAUCCUUCCAUCCGAGCAGCCAUGGCAAAAUUGCUCAAGCCAGACCCCCAAGAAGCUGAUCUGAUUUAUAGCAAAUGUGUUGGUCUGAGCAACUGGUAUGGACUAAUACCAGAGCUUUUCCCCAAUGCAAAGUAUGUGUAUGGGAUCAUGACUGGAUCUAUGGAGCCUUAUUUGAAGAAGCUGAGGCAUUAUGCAGGAAAGCUGCCAUUGGUGACUGCAGACUAUGGUUCUUCCGAAGGCUGGAUUGCCGCGAAUAUUAACCCAAAAGUUCCCCCGGAAUGUGCUACUUAUGCAGUGCUUCCUCAGAUUGGUUACUUUGAGUUCAUCCCUCUCACACAGAUGGAGAAGACUGAGGGAGAGCCUGCUAUGUUCUGUAAGGAUCCUCAACCUGUAGGACUCACUGAAGUGAAGGUUGGAGAAGAGUAUGAGAUUGUCAUAACCAACCCAGCAGGCUUAUACAGAUACAGGUUAGGGGAUGUGGUGAAGGUGACGGGGUUCCACAACUCAACUCCAGAACUCAAGUUUGUUCGUCGGAGCAGUCUUUUGCUAACCAUAAACAUCGACAAGAACACAGAGAAGGAUUUGCAGCUAGCAGUAGAGGCAGCAGCAAAAGUGUUAGCAGAUGAUAAAGUAGAAGUUGUGGACUUCACAAGCCAAGUUGAUUUAUCCACAGAGCCAGGGCACUAUGUAAUAUUCUGGGAAAUCAGUGGGGAGGCAAGUGAACAAGUGCUCACACAAUGCUGCAACUGUCUGGACAAGUCCUUUGUGGAUGCAGGCUAUGUUAGUGCUCGGAAAGUGAGGUGGAUCGGGGACCUCGAACUCCGGGUCGUUCGGAAGGGAACAUUCCAGAAGAUUCUGGACCAUUUCCUUGAACUUGGAGGUGCGGUUAGUCAGUUCAAGACACCAAGAUGUGUAGGACCUGCAAAUGUGAGAGUGUUGCAAAUCUUGAAUGAGAAUGUUGUGGAGAACUAUCGCAGCACCGCUUUCAACUGAAAAUAGGAAAAAUAUAGAAAAUUUGCUGAGUCCUGAUGUCUUAUCAAAUGCGCAGAUCAGAUUUCCUCUUUCGUCUUUUCUCCCAUGUCUUGUAUCCUUUUUGCUUUUUCCCUCCAUGUUAUGGUAACAAAUUUGCUAGAUGUGAAUUUUACUGGAACAAUGGUGUUUUUAACUUUCAAAUAAAUAUUAUAGAUUCAA